AUGGGAGACCCGUCCGAAAGCCAGGAGAGACCGGAGCGUAUCCUGCACCGAGAGCUGUGGGAAUAUGCUCAACGACCAAGGACAGAUGGUCCGUAUGCGGACAAUCUUGACGUCGAUGUGAUCAUCGUGGGAGCCGGGUUUGGUGGCUCAUACCUGCUCUACGAAAUGCGCAAGGCUGGCUUCAAAACCGUCCUUUAUGAAGCCGGCAACAGCUUUGGCGGGACAUGGCGCUGGAAUGUAUAUCCAGGGGCCAGGGUGGAUUCCGAAGUGCCGAUUUACCAGCUUUCGAUCCCCGAGGUCUACAAGACAUGGACAUGGACGACCAACUACCCGGACUACCAUGAGCUUCAGGCCUAUUUUGACCACUUGGACAAGGUGUGCGACCUGAGCAAGGACUGUGCAUUUGGUACCGUGGUCACGGGCGCCAAGUUCGACACAGACACAGGCAAAUGGAACUUGAAGACCGCAGAUGGCCGAGCAGCCAAGUGUCGAUUCCUCAUCGUGGCGGCCGGAUUCGCCGCCAAAAGGUACAUACCUGACAUUCCAGGGCUCGACAAAUUCAAAGGGAUCAUGCACCACUCAUCGUUCUGGCCGAGCGAAGGAGUAGACGCACGCGGCAAGAAGGUCGCGGUGAUUGGCACGGGGGCAUCAGGCGUGCAAAUCAUACAGGAAUGGGGCCCCCAAGUCGAACACCUGACUGUAUUCCAACGGACGCCCAACCUGGCCUUACCGAUGGGGAAGCGCGACUUAACCAAAGAGGAACAGCAGGCAUUGUACCCAGCAUACGAGGGCCUGCUAAAACUGCGCGAGAAGAACUACGCCGGAUUCACAUACGAGUUUGAGGAACGGACGACAUUCGAGGAUUCGCCAGAGGAGCGCGAAGCCGUGUACGAGCGACUUUGGAAGCAAGCCGGGUUCGGACUAUGGCUCGGCUCCCACAAGGACUACCUAUUCGACUUGGCAGCGAACCGAUGCGUAUACGACUUCUGGCGCAAGAAGCAGAUGGCCAGGAUCAAGAACCCAGAAAAACAAAAGGUCUUGACUCCCGCGGAACCACCGCACCCGUUCGGCGUCAAACGGCCCUGUCUGGAGCAGAACUACUAUGAAGUUUUGGACAGCGACAAUGUGACCAUCGUCGACAUCAGCAAGAAGUCUGGCAACGAGAUCGCCGAGUUUACCGAAACAGGCAUCAAGACCACCGAUGGCAAACAUUACGAGCUCGACAUCGUCGCCCUCGCUACAGGCUUCGACAUCACCACCGGCGGCAUGACACAAAUGGGUUUGACGUCCAUCCAUGGCACUACCUUGCACGACGAAUGGAAGUCCGCUGCCUACACUUAUCUCGGCACCACUAUCUCCGGAUAUCCCAAUAUGUUCCAUCUCUAUGGUCCCCAUGGACCUACCUUGUUAUCCAAUGGUCCCUCUAGCGUCGAGGUCCAGGCCCGCUGGAUCCGCGACGCCAUUAAGCUCGUUGACCGUAAGGGUCUGCGCUAUAUUAACCCUACCAAGGAGGCCAGUGAGAAGUGGAAACAGCAUAUCAAUGAGCUUAGUGAUGCUACUUUGUUGCCUACUACCCGCUCCACUUAUAUGGGCGGCAGUGUCCCCGGAAAGGCCUUUGAGCAGGUCAACUACGCUGGCGGGAUUCCCGAAUAUGUCAAGGAGAUUCGUGCCGUUUUGCCUCACUUUACUGGCUUUGAGACCGUGGCCGCAUGA